UACACGCAACUACCCGGUGUGGGUAAAUGCGAUGCCAUAGUGGCUGCCGGUGUGGUACCGUUUCCUCGCGUGCGGGUAAUCCGUUACAGCAAAUACAGGGCGUGUAUUAGUGGACUGCAUGCGGGAUUUACUAUAGCUAUGGAGAGGGAAAGGUGUCCAAAAUCAUACACCUCUCGUGUGAUCAAGAGUUAUGGCGAAAGUGUAAUCGGUUUACCUCUCAAUCAAAUCUGCGGGACGGCUGCCGACGGCAAGAGUCGGUGUCCGCCCUCUCGCGGCUCCAAACCCAAGAAGAAGGGAAACCAAAAGCCUAAACGCUCCGGUAGUCAAGAGCCGGUUGACCCAUCCGGAGCAUUUCAACCCGUUAGAGGUAUAUUUAACAGGGGAACUGGAGGUUUAGGAGGUGGUGACCCAUUUGGUGGCGUAGGAAGUGUGUUUCAGAGGGGCACAGAUACCAUAGGACAGGGAGCCUCGGGUAUAUUAGGUAGAGGGGCGGGUGGAUUAGGUGCUGCCAAUCCAUUGGGUGCUGUUAACCUAUUAGGUGCUGCCAAUCCGUUUGGUGGAGUGGGAUCACUGUUUCAAACAGGUGUCGAUACUGUAGGACAGGGAGCCUCGUCCUUGUUUGGUGGUGGGGCUGGAGGUUCAGGUUCUAGAAGGUCCGGGGCUAAUGGGGCUAAUAAUCCUAUAGGGGGUUUAUUUAAACAGGGAGCUGACACUCUGGGACAGGGAGCUAGUUCCAUUUUUGGAGGGGCUCACAAUUUGUUUGGACAGGGAUUAGGAGCCCUCCCUGUCCUGUUGGUUCUGUUGGGUUUUGCAAAGGAUUUCAUUGAAUACAUAAUAUGCAACCUACACACCAAAGUAGUCCUUACGGGUCCGUUUCGGUUGACUGAAGCGAAGGUAAUAUUAGACACAUUGAGUUCACUCCUCAGUCAAGGGUCUGAAAGGUUGAGCCAAUUAUCACGACUCGGAUUAGAGAGACUCCGCAAUCAUAAGGAAAUCCUUUUGUAUUCAUUGCUAUUCGUAUGGCUUAUGUCGAGUAAUGUCAUCAAUAAAUGCUUUUCGGGAAUACUGUUAAACACAUACAUUCAGCCAAAACCCGAGCUCCAGGUGCCCACAUUCGAGACACUUAGCAAGCAGAAAUAUAUCAAAAUAUUAAACCAAUUGGACAAUCGAGACGUACAACAUACGGAUAAACAGGAACUGUGGCUAAACAUUAAGGAAAGGGCUGAUCGGGACAGACAUCUUAUAAGCAGAAAUAUAUUUGGUCGUCAUUACAUCCGUCGAGAUAAAUACAUUGCUGAUAUGAUACGCGCUCGUAGGGCUGUGUACGUGGGCAACACCGGCCGGUGCGAUGAGAUCAGGGCGUUAGCACCGGGCAAACGUGUAACAGUGGCUCCCGAUAAUCAUAUUUUGCCGAAACUAACGCAAAGUCAAACUAUACUCAUUACAAACACCGCAAUGAAUCGUUUAGUUAUUAUUUUCGUGGUUUUGGUCACAAUUGAGGCGAUUUACUGCCAAUACUCCGGAGGUGGUGGUGGCCGAGGAGGUCAAGGGGGAAAUGGAGGCUCUGGUGGUGGUGGGCAGCAGGGGUCGGGUACUAUGCAACGGGUGGGUCAGGCGGCCUGGGGUGUGGCCAAAACGGCGGCUCAGAUGACCCCUCAGGGACAGGCGGUCAUGCAGGCCAAGAAUGCCUACAACGGCGCCAAAAAGGUGUACAACGCCUAUAGGGGUGGCGGCAAUACGAAACAA